UCGAAAAGGCUAUAAGUAUACUUUGCUUGGAAUGAGUCGGCAGAACGCUGGUUAACCCACGUGGAGCGUCUGAAAAGUGCUAGUUCAUAUGAACUGAAGUUACGACGAGAUGUUUAUUCCUAGGGAGAAUAAUGUUGAUGGAAACUGGGAAGAAUUUACCUUAAUAUUGCCAGCGGUUUCAAUAGGAAAUGUGGGCCAGUUAGCAGUGGAUCUGGUAGUUUCUACUGUUUGUCCAGAUGGUUCCCCCAUUGGAUAUCUGUAUGAUUCGUGUGUCUUGCCUGUAGUGGGGAAUGAUGCCUUUACUUUGUCAACAGAAGCUCCUGGAAAACUAAAUGUCAGUGUUGAAGUGUACAAAAAUGAUGAUCUGAAGUUUAUUGUAGUUCAACAGAGAGCUCCACUAGUUAAGGGUCGUCAAACUGAGUACUGCAAGAAACUUGUUACAUGGAUUAAAAGUUGCAACUUCAAACAAGUCAUUCUUGUUUCCAGUAUUAGUGCUACAGAAAGAGUUGAUGCACAGAUUGAAGGUUCUCCAUUGAGAUACCUUGUAACACCUGCAGUGAAAAACCUCCUUCCAGUAUUUGAUGAAUUGUCAUGGAAGUCAUUGGAAAAGAGACCAAAGUUUCCUCAUGUUAACACUGAAGAAUCAUCAGAUGAAGACAAAACUUUCUUUUUCCCUGGAGGAGGAUUCACAAAGAAGCUUUAUGAGGCUUGUUGCAGAGAUGACAUCCCUCUGACUGUGGUAUUAACAUUUUGUUCAGAAGGGGAUAAUAUAUCAGAUGCAGUAAAUCUCUUUCUUUAUCUUAAUGCCUGGCUCAAGAUGGUUCCCAAAGAAAAGGUUGAAGACAGGAUUCUAGGAAAACCAAGUGACUUCAAUUUUCCAGCAUCCUGGCGCUUGAUGUUUGGUUCACCAGUCCAUCCAGAUGGAAAUCUAUUUUGAAGAGUUGCACUUUAAACAAUCUCAAUAAAUAUGUUGAUUUAAAACUCCAACUACCAACACUGGAUGGCCAGUUGUGAAGAAAACAGCAAUGCAGGAAAAAGUCGCCAAGCAAAUAUACCACUGACAGUUUUUAAAGUGAAAAGCAUUCUCAAGCAAUACAAAAACAAUGACUGAUAGUAGUGCCAUGAAAACAGAGUCAUGUAAAAAGCUUGGCAUGGAUUUAGUUUUCCUGAGCAUUUUACUUAGGGUUUAAUUCCUUAAUAAGUACCAUUUAAAAAAAAAUAAUCAUGUUUGAUCAAAACUGACCUCUGGAGUUUGAUUAUGGCUCUGUCAGAUUUAAACCCCUGAAACCCCUUAGAGUGACCAGUAUCUGAACCCUUUAACUCCCAGAUCAAAUUUGUACUUCUCCUUACUGUCAACCAUACAAUUUUUAUGAUGUUAGUUCAGAGAAUUUAGUAUUGGAUCAACCAAUUAUCCCCAAAUUGAUAUUUUUCUUUCUUCUCAUCACUUAUCUGGUUGAUAUUGUAUUGAUAUUGUAAGGAGAAAUUCUGUUUUGGUCACUCAUGGGAGUUAAAGGGUUAAAUCUCCUUACAGAAAUACUGCUGAAUCAUUUUUUAAGAUCAUAAGAGUAACUAUAAAAAUGAUUUCCAUCCUAAGAAGCUUUGAUUGUUGAAUGAAUUCUCCUUGUCAGCACCAAAGGAAGUGUACAUGUAGAGAAUAUGGAUACUGGUUUUAUGGUGUACAGGGUAAACUGAAGAGGAAUUUCUGUGGGUACGGACAACUUUUCAUAACUUUCAAACUGUUUCUGUGGAACAACGAUGGUCUGUCAAGUGUGUGUGUACAGUGCAUUCAAACAAAGAAUGAAGCAAACAUUUUUUGUUAGAAAAUAUAUUACUUUCUUUGAAUGUUCAGAAAAUAUGUAAAUUUGCUACACUGAGACAUUAGAUUCCUAGCUGGUACAUAUUAGGUAUUGAACUAACAAGAUUGUCAGCUGUAUUAGGACUUUACUGUUAGACCUCUUCUCUGCAUGGCGCUAACAGAGCUGAGCAAUAAUUCAUGCUUCUACCCCUUUUCAAUGUCUUAAAAGUACUUCUAGAAAAUAAUAAUUAAUUGUGACAACUCUCUAGCAUAAGAAAAUAACUUUUGAUCUAUUUGAACUUAAUAUUCAUUUUCACUUUUUGAAAUCUCUAUGUUAUGUCGCACUUGCAGAGCAAGAAUUGUCAAUAGUUAAUUCUCCUUUGAAAAAUAAAUUAGUACCUCUCUGCUUUGUUUCAUCUAGUAUCAAUAUGACAAAACUAUUUAUUGCAAUUUUAGUGAUUGCUCUUCUCACCAUAUGGUUUACAGUAACCCUUAAUUCAGUUUCUAA